GGCCCUCGCCUCGCUAUGCCACCCAAGAAGGCCUCGGCUUCCGACCCGGAGGAGAGGGUAUCUCCAGCUGUGGGUGGUUCCCCCGGUGCCGCCGCUGUGGGAAGAAAUGACCACAAAUAUACAGACUUUAUCUUGUUAUGUCAAAGUCUUAUGGUGGAAGAGAAUGUAAUCGAGAGGGCUUGGCGGAUCUGGGAGUCGGUGUCGACCUUUUUGGAUGAGGCCUUUGCACCAGAUGUGAUCAGGAAGCAUUGGGGUAUUUGUAUCUUUAUUGCAUCCGUAGAUCUGGAUACAGUUUCCUUCACUUUGACAGAAUUACAGAAGAAGUUGGAUAUGAGUUUGGCUGACUUUCUUCAGUCGUUGAAGAGAGUUGAUGUGAACGUGGACACUGUAAGCACUAAAGUAAAUUCAGUGGUGGAAAAGCUGGAAACGAAGUACUUUGUUUUUUCUGUGCUCUAUAACAAAUUUGAAAGGACAUGUGAAAAAAUAUUUGAGGAGGCGCCACAAAACAACAGAGACUCAUCAGAAAUUAAUUCAAAAUCGAUGUUGAAAAUCUGUUGGAUCACCUUUCUACUGGCAGCAGGAAAGGCACUGCAGAUGGAAGAUAACCUAGUCCUCUCUUUCCAAUUGUUACUUUGCGUCUUGGAGCACUUUAUCAAGUUUUCACCUCCUUCGAUGCUAAAGGAGCCUUACAAGACUGCUGUGAGUUCUCUAAAUUCCAUUACCCCAUCACGACCUUUAAGACGAAGUCAGAGCAAGGCUAUCCAAGCAAUUGUUUCACCUGAUGUGGAUCCUAAGGUUGUGGAAAUCCUUUGUAAGGAAAAUGAAUGUAACGUUGAUGAGGUGAAAAACAUUUAUAUUAGGACUUUUCUUCCUUUUAUGGAUACAAUUAAAAUAUCUGCUUCUAAUGCGAUUCCUGAGCUUGAAGAAGUGUCAAGAAAAUAUGAAGCACUUUACCUUAGAAACAAAGACUUUGAUGGAAGAUUGUUCCUUGAACAUGACAAAACUCUGGAGGCAGACCAAGAAGAAGGCUCUGGAGCGGAAAGAACGCCCAAGAAAAUUGACAAUAAAGACAGUCAUUUGAUUGUCCCACCACAGACUCCUGUUAGGACUGCAAUGAGCACAAUCCAGCAGUUAAAAAUGAUCUUGAAUUCAGCCAAUGACAAACCCUCGGAUACACUUGUUAAAUACUUCAAUAAUUGUACAGUGAACCCUACCAGUGACAUCUUAGAGAGAGUGAAAAAUCUUGGUGAGGAAUUUCAACGGCAAUUUGCUCAAGCUGUAGGGAAAGGAUGGGCAGAUAUUGGCUUUGAGCGAUACAGACUUGGGGUCCGGCUAUACUACAGGGUUAUGGAAUCCAUGCUGAAAUCGGAAGAGGAGCGUCUCUCUGUUCAGAAUUUUAGCAAGUUGCUAAACAAUGAUGCCUUUCAUAUAUCUCUACUUUCCUGUGCUGUGGAGGUUGUGAUGACGACAUAUGGUACUACAUGGAAGAGAGGCAUUCAACAAGAAACUUGCCUUUCUUUCCCCUGGAUCCUCAGUGUUUUUGAUAUAAAGGCAUAUGAAUUUUACAAGAUUAUUGAGAGCUUUAUCAAAGCAGAACAAAAUCUAACGAGAGAUAUGAUCAAGCACCUGGAAAGAUGUGAACACAGGAUCAUGGAAUCUCUUGCUUGGCAGUCGGGUUCACCUUUGUUUGAUGUUCUAAGGCAACAAAAAGAACAGGAAGAGCAACCAGAACAACCUGAACCUACCAUUAAUCUCAAUCAACCACUCCAGCACAGCCACACUGCUGCAGACCUCUAUCUUUCCCCUAUCAGAUCUCCUCGGAAAAGAGGGUCCAAUAGUGUGCAUGCAAAUCCCGUACAAGGUGCAGAAAUUGAGGCAGCAUCUUCUGGUCAACUUCAUCCGCUGGCUCAGGCACAGCUUCAAAAAUCUCAGAAAUCUACCUCACUCUCCCUUUUCUACAAAAAAGUUUAUCGACUGGCAUAUCUUCGGCUAAACACUCUCUGCAACAAACUUCACCUACUGACUGAGUACCCUCAACUGGAACCAGUAAUAUGGACUCUUUUUCAACACGCGUUGCAGAAUGAGUAUGACCUCAUGAGAGACAGACAUUUGGACCAGAUAAUGAUGUGUUCCAUGUAUGCCAUUUGUAAGGUGAAGAACUAUUUUCAACUAUUGUUCAAAACUAUUGUUACUGCCUACAAGGAUUUGCCAAACACAAAUCAAGAGACUUUCAAAAAAGUGCUGAUCAGAGAGGGACAAAGUGACUCAAUUAUUGGCUUCUACAAUGUGGUGUUCAUGCAGACGUUGAAAACGAACAUCCUGCAAUAUGCUUCACCCAGGCCACCAACACUAUCACCAAUUCCUCAUAUCCCUCGAAAUCAAUUUGGUUUUCCAAAUUCUCCAAUACGUGUGCCAGUUGGCAACAUCUAUGUAUCUCCACUGAAGAGUUCGUACAAAGCUGAUGGACUGCUCUCCCCACACAAAAUGACACCAAGAACACGAUUCUUGGUGUCCAUUGGUGAAUCAUUUGGGACACCAGAAAAAUUUCAGAAGAUCAACCAGUUGGUGAACUCCAGCGAUCGCCAAUUGAAGCGUGCUGGGGACAUGGGGAGUGUUCCAAAACCUCUGAAGAGACUUCGUUUCGAUAUGGAUGGACAGGAUGAAGCAGACGGCGGCAAACACUCACCUGGAGAAUCCAAACUGCUGCAGCAGAAGAUUGCUGAAAUGACAUCCACAAGGAAUAAAAUGCAAGAACAAAAAAAGAAAAACGGCAAUGAUGUUGUGAAGAAGGAAGAAAAUUGACAUUAAAGUGACUGAUCCAGAAUAAUGUAUACAUUGCAUGAUCUUCUGUGGCAAGUCACUUAUAAACUUCUCUUUUAUGGCUAUUUUUUCUUCUCAGUUUUAGUUUCUAUUUAGCAGCAGUUAUUUACUAGUGUAACCUGCUGUUGUAGAGGUUCUUAAGAUAUUUUAGAAAAAAUGUUUUUCUGCACUAUGCCUUAAAUAUGUAGCAUGUGCCUAAAAUUUUUAUUACUGCUUUUAUUUAUAUUUCUUUGAGUUUUUACUUUCUACAAGCUAGAUUUGAGUUUAUCCCACUUCAAUUUCCUAGGUUUACAAGUUGCAAAAAGAUGUGUCCAUCGUAAGAUUGGUUCUACUAUUGAGGCAAAUGAGUAAUGUUUGUAAUGAACAAGAGUAAGAUGCAAUAAUGUGGCAAAAUGCACCAUCGCUUUAAAUUUGUGCUUAGGUCCCACAUCUCAUAUUUUUGAAAGUUUGAAACUGAUGCACUAUUUGAACAUUCAAAAGUUUCCAGCAAAUUUAAUAACAUAUGAAAGUGUGAAUAUUCGGCCACACGACUGAGCAUUGGCUUAUAUACCUCAAACAUUCAUAGACUUGAGAACUAAAACACAAAGACUACUAACACAAAGUAUUGUCAGAAUUAUCUAUACAUUUGAUAAACAAAUUGUUGUGAUCUUUGCUGCGAUGCUGGGCUCGUGGUAAAUGCUUGCGAAAAUGCUCUCAUAAUAGACAUUAUUAAUGACCCAUAGACUGUUUUGAUCACUGUAUUGAUGUCAAGUUGCUUUCCAUUCAUGACACCUAACAACUAUGUCAAAUUCUUCCUUUCUGUAAAACAGCUCGACAGAGGUGCAGAGGUAAUCCAUCUGUUUCUCUUAAUUGGAAUUAAGUGGUUAAUCAGUAUGAAGAAUAAAUAUUUUUUUCAUAUUUAAUAUUUCUGAUAUGGAGCAUAUAAAAAAGCUUCUGAGUUCAUUUAUUCAGUAAGAAAUAUAUUUGUACUGCACAUUAAGAAUUAAGGUACUGUUUUAUAAAUACGGCUUUGUUUCUUUAUAGUGAAUAAAGAUAUGUAAGAAUUA